AUCACAUAUGGAAUGAGCAAGAACUUAUCUUGAUUUUCAUUAUUGCCUUGCAGCCUUUGCUUCUUGUGUCCUGCGGCCGAUAUUCCCUUCAGUAAAGACGAGUUUAAUCCUUUCGUAUAUGCUAUACAAACCUUCUAGAGCAAAGGCUUUGUCCAUGAAAAACAAUGUUCAUACAUCAUUUAGUGACCUUUCAUCCACCUUGGAGGAACUUUAUGUUUGGGAAAAGAAACUCUCUGGUGCAAUCAUGGUAAGACAUUGCUUGUUUUCAGUUGUAGAAAAGCUUCGAAUUCAAUACGAAAGGCAGUACAAGAAGCUAAAAGAUCUGGAUGGUAGAGGUUCUGAGUUUGAUAAGAUUGAUGAUACUCUUUCUUCUGUCAAGCUUUUGAACUCAGAAAUUGAUGUAGCUAUUUCAUCAAUUGAUCUAAUAUCAAGAAACAUAGAUGGAUUAAGAGAUAAUAAGCUGCUUCCUGAAUUGAAGAAAUUGAUUGAAGGUAGAUUGUGGAAGAUAAUGAGUGAUUGUCACCAUAAACAAUUUCAAGCUAUCUCCAUGGCUAAAAGUCAUGUGCAUAUAUUAGAUUCUGGAGGGAAGAAAAAGCCAAGUUCAAAAGCUACACUAAGACUAGAAAGAAUUGCAUUAAAUUGGAGUAUGUGCUUUAGUAACUUCAUCAACACACAGAAAACCUUAGUGAAAAACUUGAAUGAUUGGCUCAGGAAGCACAUAAUCCAAGAAGAAAUAGAAAAUUCUGAAAAUGGGGUUGAUCCAAUUUUCAACCUUUGUAAUGAUUGGUGCCAUGAAAUUCACAAGAUCUCAGAAACUAUAGUCUCAGAAGCCAUUAGUACCUUUGCAUCAAACUUGCACCAGUUAUAUGAGAAGCAGAAUGAGGAACAGUUACUCAAAGUUAAAGUGCAACACUUUCUAAGGGAUUAUAAGCACAUGCUUAAGUACUACUGUGACAAGAAUGGAAUCAAGUCAAAGCAGUGUUCAUGUUUUUACAAAAUGAAAAGCUCAGAAGAUUUCAUGGAAGUUCCAUUGCUUAGAGAAUCUGAUGAGAAAUUAGCAGCUUCAAGGGUAAGAUUGGUUGAAGAGAAAAAGAGACAUCAAGAAGCUAUUAAACAUGUCAAUGACCUUGCUUCAAGUUGCUUUCAACCGGGUCUAUUUACAAUUUUUGAGGCUUUGGAGACAUUUUGUUUGGAAAAUCUGAAAAUUUAUGAGCAGCUUAAACUUCGAAACUAAACAAUAGUUAAUUUUUUUUUUUUCAAAAUCUUAAUUCUAGCAUUUCUUUAGCUUUUAUUUUAUUUUAUUGUUUGGUCAUUGGUUAGAAAUUGUAGGUCAAUUAAGAACCUCUUUUUUUUUCAUAGUUUGACCCUAUUCUUUGUAAAGACUUAAAAGAUACCAUUGCUUCUUCUUGUUAUGCUCUCAAUGUGACGCCUUCUUACUAUGAUAUUUGCAUGUAAGUCUAGAUUUCAUUCGGUGGAUUGUUAAAAUAGUGAAUAGUGAUUAACAAUAUUAAAAAUGUGGAGUUAGUGUAGUUGA